CUUGUCGGCGCGUAAACCAACAUUUUCGCUCUUCUCACUGACAGUGAUCUUUGCUUCUCUCACAAUUCCUUCCCUCCAAACCACCACCACCUGCAUCUCAGAAUCUACCCCUUCUAUUUCGCCGCUAAUAUCUCCUUCUUCCUCUCUCUCUCUCUCUCUCUCUCUCUCUCUUUCUGGCCAUGGAUUUCGCAUCUCGAAGAAGCAGAUCUUAUCCCAUUCCCAUUCUCAUUAUCACUUACUCAUUCUUUUUCUUGUCUUUAAUCAUAAAUCUCACCAAUGCCUCCAUCCACAUCUACGACAAAGAACCCUUCGACGAAGUUGGAAAUGCUUACCUUCUUUCCGGUGGCAGCGAAGGCAUUGUGGCCGCCCCAAAUGGCCGUUCUUAUAUCAGGUUUAGGGAUAUCACUCUUUGGAGGACCAAGGAGGCUGCUGAUGAGCAUUCAGAAAUGGAACACAGUUCAGGAUUGGUACAGGUUGUGAUUUUUGAGGCAGCUGACCGGAAUAAUAUUGGCGGUUCUGCUUAUGGUGGACAAAGAUCGAUUUGUUGUACCCCUGAUCUUGCUAAGCUGGAAGGUUGCAAGCAAGGUGAAGUCAUUAGGAUACCUUCAGCGACAGACAAUAAGUGGCCUAUUGUUUUGAAUGUACAAUUCAGUGGUAACUACUUAUCUACAAACAUACGAGAUGAGUAUGUUAAUGUCACGAAGACUGGGAUGUAUAACUUAUUCUUUAUCACAUGUGAUCCAAAACUCAAGGGACUAGUAAUGAGUGGGAAGACAGUUUGGAAGAAUCCUGAUGGUUAUUUACCUGGUAGGAUGGCCCCUUUAAUGAGGUUUUACGUGCUCAUGUCUCUUGCAUAUCUUUUGCUUAGUGUUAUUUGGUUUUUCCAGUACAUGAGGUUUUGGAAGGACAUAUUGCAACUUCAGCAUUGCAUCACAGCUGUUAUUGCCCUAGGAUUGUCUGAGAUGAUUCUUUGGUAUUCUGAGUAUGCAAAUUUUAACAGCACAGGAACUAGGCCAGUUGCAAUUACAACUUGGGUUGUGACUGUUGGAGCUAUAAGGAAAACUUUUUCUCGUCUUGUUAUACUCUCAAUUUCAAUGGGUUAUGGUGUCGUACGGCCCACUCUUGGUGGUCUUACCUCAAAGGUGCUUCUUCUUGGAUGUACAUAUUUUUUGGCGUCUGAGUUGCUCGGUAUUACUGAGUAUGUGGGGAGUAUUAAUGACAUAUCAGGAAGAGCAAGAUUGUUUCUAGUCCUUCCUGAUGCAUUCCUGGAUGCAUUUUUGAUACUAUGGAUAUUUACAUCGCUUUCAAGGACAUUGGAGCAGCUACAGGCAAAAAGAAGCUCUGUCAAGUUGGAUAUCUAUAGGAAGUUCUCAAAUGCACUAGCUGUGGCAGUUGUAACUUCUGUUACUUGGAUAGCCUAUGAGGUUUACUUCAAAGCAACAGAUCCAUUUAAUGAACGGUGGCAAAGUGCUUGGAUAAUUACUGCUUUCUGGGACAUUCUUGCAUUUGCCUUGCUCUCUGUCAUUUGCUAUCUCUGGGCUCCUUCUCAAAGCUCGCAACGGUAUGCCUACUCAGAAGAAGUAGGAGAGGAAUCUGAUGAUGAAGAAGCUCAUUCUCUAACGAGGGGAAAAUCAGAUGGUGACAUAAGUUUAAUUGAGAAGAAAGAGAAGAAUGCCAGGACCACAGAUGUUUUUGAUCAAGAGGAUGAAACAGAAGAGGAGAAAAGAGAAUGAUUAUUUGUAAACAUAUUCUUUCAGUGACCUCAUUCAGCAGUGCUAAACAAAUCCUGUCAAUUUGAGCUCAAAGAGAUGAUUAUCUGUUAUUUCAGAGAUACUUCUACUAGGCCUGCAGAGGUUUAAAAUUUUGACGUCAUGUGAUUCUGCUAAAUCUCCAGAGUGAAAAAAAAAAACAGCAGCAGCAUCAGUUUUGUGAUUAUUGUGCAAGUAUAUGAAUGGGCAAAAUGUGGGUUGGAAAUGAAUACUUUGUUAAGGAGUACAUGAAAUAUUGUCAAAGAAGGGUUGAACAUUUUUAAUGCCCUAUGUGGGGUUUGUAUCAUAGUUAAUUGUAAUGCUUUUAUCUUUUAA